AUGGUUACGGCGGGCCUGAACGACCCGCGGGUAACGUACUGGGAACCGGCCAAGUACGUGGCCAAGCUGCGGGCAGUCAAGACGGACGACAACCUGUUGCUGCUCAAGACCGACAUGGGCUCAGGGCACGGGGGCAGGUCGGGACGGACCGCCCGGUGGUACGAAAUCGCCGAAGAGUAUGCCUUCAUCCUGGCGAACCUGGGAUUGGCAGAAUAG